CUCCUGGACUCGCUAUUUAUAAUGAUUAUGAUGCGAUGAAAGUUUCAUCAAAGAUUAUACAAUCUCUGUCAUCGCACAUCAACGACCACCUUAUUUAUAUUUUUUUUCGUUGUUCAUCGUUGAUUGUUGAAUAUUGUUAUUGUUAAUCUUUAAUCCUGAGUCUUCAGUCCACGACCUCAAGUCAUCAAAUUGAUUUGCAAUGUCUUAGUACUAUUUUCUUAGAUUGCUAAACUAUUUGUUUGUUAUUAAAUAUGUACUCUGUGCCCUGUCCAGUGUCCACCACCAACAAUAGAGUUAUGACAGAAAUAAACAAUACUAUACCUGAUUUUUAAAAUGGAUUCUUUGAAAGACCUAUUGCCUACUCGUUUAUUUGAAGUAUUAGAAAAAUCAGGUAUUUGUACUACGAAACAAAUAAUUAUUCUUUCUCUUUGGGAUAUUAAAAAACUUACUAAUUUACUUAACGACGAUAUUAAACUAGUCAAAAAUAUUGUGUCUAACAAUUGUAGUCCUGUUGCUAUAAGUGGAGAUUUAUUAGAAGAUAAGAAUGCUUUUGUGAAAUCUGGUUGUGCAAGUGUUGAUAAAAUAUUAAAUGGUGGCUUUCGAGUAGGGACAUUAACAGAAAUAUAUGGUGAAAGUGGCGCAGGGAAAACACAAAUAGCACUGCAAACUGCUGUCUAUUGUGGCUCCAGUGGAUGUGUCUUUAUAUGUACAGAAGAUUUAUUUCCUGUAAAAAGAUUUAAUCAAAUAAGCCAAUACGUCUGGCAUGAUAUAAAAAAUAUAGAAUGUAAGAAGAAUAUUUUUAUUGAACAUCUUACUGAGGCUCAUGAAUUAUUAUCAUGUAUCAGGGUGCGUUUACCCAAGUUAUUGAAGUUAAAUAAUAUUUCUGCUGUCAUUCUAGACUCGGUAGCUGCUCCUUUUAGGAGUGAAAAUACAAAUUAUGUGCAAAGAGCAGAAGAACUUAAAGAAUUGGCAAUUUUACUACUGAACAUAGCUCAAGAAUAUAAUUUAGCUGUUAUUUGUAUAAAUCAAGUGACUGCUUGUUUCACUGGUUCCAAUGAUGUACUUCCUACAUUAGGUCUGGUUUGGUCUAAUUUAAUUUGUUGUAGGUUAAAAUUAACAAAAAAAACGUCAGAAUAUAGGGAAUUAACUAUUGCUUUUGCUCCACAUUUAUCCAAUGAACAGGGUGCACAAUUUAUAAUAACGAAAAAUGGCAUAGAAGAUAAAGAAAAUAUUUUAAUAAAUAAGUAAAACAAC